AUGAAACCUCAGCACGUAGCUCUACCAUGUCGUUACGGUAACCGAGAGUCCUCCCGAUCCCUCAUCGCCAGGGAAAGCAAAUUUGCUUUGCGGCCUGUCUGGAAGCACUGCAGGACAACGCAGCUCCGCUGGCCGCAGCUGCUGACUGGAGAGCUGCUGACACACGCAGCCUGCGCUGAUGCAGCCGUCAAAGGGCAGCCGGGAGUGACGGAAUCCUUCGCCCUUCCGGAGUGCAAGGAGUUAAGCGAAGCCUCUCCCCGAGCUGCCCGCAGCCCAGCAGAGCCUGUUGGGUUGGGGUGGAGCAGAGACCAGUAUCAUGAGUUUGAUUCAUACAGAGACAACGUUGCUGGCAAAUCGUUUCAGAAUCGGCUUUGUUUACCCAUGCCGAUUGAUGUGGUAUACACCUGGGUGAACGGCACAGAUGUUGAACUGAUCAAAGAAUUGCAACAGGUCAGAGAACAGAUGGAGGAAGAACAGAAAAUAAUGAGGGAAAUCCUGGGAAAGAAUGGCACAGAACCAACAAAGAAGAGUGAGAAGCAACUGGAGUGUUUGCUGACGCACUGCAUCAAAGUGCCAAUGCUUGUCCUGGAUCCUGCGCUGCCUAUCAACGUCACACUGAAAGACCUGCUCUCCAUUCAUCCUGCUUUACAAGCUGCUAACAAUAUGUUCUUUGUAGCAAAACCAAAAAAUCCUUCUACCAACGUGACAGUAAUUGUUUUUGAUAGCCCUAAGGAUGUCGAAGCGGCUCAUUCUGGAAUGUUAAAAGACAACAGCAAACAGAUAGUAUGGAGGGGUUACUUGACUACAGACAAAGAAGUUCCAGGUCUUGUAUUAAUGCAGGACUUGGCCUUCCUUAGUGGAUUUCCAGCUACAUUCAAAGAAACAAAUCAGCUACGAGCAAAACUACCAGAGAGCCUGGCAUCUAAAGUAAAACUGUUGCAGCUCUAUUCGGAAGCCAGUGUGGCUCUCUUGCAACUGAAUAACCCUAAGGGUUUCCAAGAACUGAGCAAGCAAACAAAGAAGAACAUGACUAUAGAUGGAAAAGAACUGACGCUUAAUCCUGCUUAUUUACUGUGGGACCUCAGCUCUGUCACUCAGUCUAAGCAGGAUGAAGAUAUUUCUGCCAGCCGUUUUGAAGAUAAUGAGGAGCUGAGAUACUCAUUACGAUCAAUAGAGAGGCAUGCCCCUUGGGUACGACAUAUUUUCAUCGUCACCAAUGGGCAGAUUCCUUCCUGGCUUAACUUGGAUAAUCCUCGGAUAACCAUAGUGACACAUCAGGAAAUAUUUCAGAAUGUGAGUCACUUGCCUACCUUCAGUUCACCAGCUAUUGAAAGUCACAUUCAUCGUAUCAGUGGCCUCUCUCAGAAGUUUAUUUAUCUCAAUGAUGAUGUUAUGUUUGGGAAGGAUGUUUGGCCUGAUGAUUUUUACAGUCACUCUAAAGGUCAAAAGGUGUACUUGACUUGGCCUGUGCCAAACUGUGCUGAGGGAUGUCCUGGCUCGUGGAUUAAAGAUGGUUACUGUGAUAAAGCCUGUAAUAACUCAGCAUGUGAUUGGGAUGGAGGUGAUUGCAUUGGUAACAGUGGGGGUAGUCGCUAUGUUGCUGGUGGAGGUGCAGUUGGCGGUAUCGGGAAUGGACCACCAUGGCAGUUUGGUGCAGGAAUAAGUGGUGUUUCAUACUGUAACCAAGGCUGUGCUAAUUCCUGGCUAGCAGACAAAUUCUGUGAUCAGGCCUGCAAUGUCCUCUCCUGUGGAUUUGAUGCUGGUGACUGUGGCCAGGAUCACUUUGAAGAGAUGUACAAGGUGACGCUUCAGCUUAAUCAGACCUACUAUGUUAUUCCCAAAGGUGAAUGUCUGCCCUACUUCAGCUUCAGCGAAAUAGCCAAGAAAGGAAUUGAGGGUUCAUAUAGUGAUAGUCCAAUUAUUCGACAUGCUUCAAUUGCUAAUAAAUGGAAGACUAUCCACCUCAUAAUGCACAGUGGCAUGAAUGCAACUGUGAUCUAUUUUAACCUUACGUUUCUAAAUAAAAAUGAUGAAGAGUUUAAAAUGCAGGUAGCUGUUGAAGCUGAUACUAGAGAGGAACCAAAACUGAACACAACUUCCGUUCAAAAAUCCAACUCUGAUUUUAAAACUAUAACUUCAAUACCAGAAGCUGAAAUGAUAUUUGAGGAUAUUCCUGAAGAAAAACGCUUUCCAAGAGUCAAGAGACGUCGAAAUGGCACAAAAGAGAGUCUGCAUGAAGAGGUGAUAAUACCAUCAGUAAACGUGUCUCUCCUUCCUGAAGAUGUUCAGCUAAAACUGCAGAACCUGGAAUUCAAACUACUAAAUGGGGAUAUCACUCAGAAAGGAUUUAACCUAUCCAAAGCUGCUCUCCUGAGACCUUUCAAGUUCUUAACUACAGUAAAGGGUAUUAUAGGCCUGGAAAAGAAGGGCAUGCAUAAUCAUUCAGAAGAUCAGAAGAACCGUACCAGCUGGCAGAAGCCUUAUAAAGAUGUAAAUGAUGGCAAAAUAAUAAAAGCAAAUGAAGAAGUUCCUUCAAGGCUUGCAGGAACAACGGGGACUGUUGUGACAAUGAACACAAAUAAACCUAUUUAUAAAGUAAAGCCUAAAUCCACACUUCCAGCCCAGAGCAUGGGAAAUAAAAAUGAAACUCGAGAAAAAGUACUGAAUGCACUCAUAUUAAGGGAAACCCAGAAAUCGAAACAUACUGGGAAUUUAAAUCCUGGAGAAGAUGCGCAGGGAAUGCAAGGAGGAAAGGGACGUGUGCAGGUGCAUGCAAAUGUAAGGGAGGGGCUAGUGGGAAGAAAAUUACAGUCUUAUGCUGGAAGUUACCAAGGGUUUUUGCCAUGGGAGAAAAAGAAGUAUUUCCAAGACCUUCUUGAUGAGGAAGAGUCAUUACUCAAAGAAAUGUCGUACUUUACUGAUGGUAAACAUUUUGGAAGGCAGCUGAAAGAUACAUUUGCUGAUUCCCUUCGAUACGUAAAUAAGCUUUUAAACAGCAAAUUUGGAUUUACAUCUCGGAAAGUCCCUGCUCAUAUGCCUCACAUGAUUGACCGCACUGUUAUGCAAGAGCUACAGGAUAUGUUUCCUGAGGAGUUUGACAAGACAUCAUUUCACAAAGUGCGGCACUCAGAAGAUAUGCAGUUUGCUUUCUCAUAUUUCUAUUAUCUUAUGAGUGCAGUCCAGCCACUGAAUGUUUCUCAGAUCUUCGAUGAGGUUGAUACGGACCAGUCGGGCAUUUUGUCGGACCGAGAGAUUCGUACGUUGGCCACAAGAAUCCAUGAACUACCAUUAAGUUUGCAGGAUUUGACGGGACUAGAACAAAUGCUAAUAAAUUGCUCUAAAGCUCUUCCUGCCAACAUCACUCAAAUCCAUGUCAUUCCACCAACUCAGGAAGCAUAUUAUGAUCCCAAUCUGCCUCCAGUAACAAAAAACUUAGUGACUAAUUGCAAACCUGUGACUGACAGAAUUCGUAAGGCGUACAAGGACAAAAACAAAUACAGGUUUGAAAUCAUGGGAGAAGAGGAAAUUGCCUUCAAAAUGAUUCGCACAAAUGUUUCUCAUGUGGUUGGUCAGCUGGAUGACAUACGAAAAAAUCCCAGAAAAUUUGUUUGCCUAAAUGACAAUAUUGAUCACAAUCAUAAGGAUGCUCAGACGGUGAAAGCUGUGCUAAGGGAUUUUUAUGAAUCAAUGUUUCCCAUACCUUCCCAGUUUGAACUGCCAAGAGAAUAUCGGAAUCGUUUCCUUCACAUGCAUGAACUCCAAGAAUGGAGGGCAUACAGAGACAAGCUCAAAUUCUGGACCCACUGUGUUCUAGUAACACUUAUUGUAUUUACAGUCAUCUCAUUUUUUGCUGAACAGCUAAUUGCACUUAAACGAAAGAUUUUUCCAAGGCGAAGGAUCCAAAAGGAAGUUGGUCAUGAACGAAUCAAAGUGUAGAAGAGCUUUAUUUUGGAGAUCAGUCUACCUCAAGAUGUGAUAAGCAUUUAAAAUCUCUCUCUCAUAAGUGUCUUUUAUGGUUUGACAUUUAACUGCGUUGAUAUGAAGAAAAAAAAAUCAUGCAUCUACAGUUAGAAUCUCCACAGUACUCUUCACGAUAUACAAGCUGCUGGAGCUGUGACAAUGCAAAACAACAACAAAAUAAAGUUGCGGGAAACCUGUACAUAGGCAGUUUUCAACAGAUCUUACUUUACAACUGUUAGUUCAUGGCCGUGUUAUCCUUUUUUAUAAAAAGGGUUACCUAAAGAAAUAUAGCUGCAUUUAUUGCAGUGGAUGUUGCCAGCUACAUAAAAUGUUGGAAGGCAAAGUUGUCUGGGAUCAGCUUAACAGGUCCUUGAUCUUGCAUUCCAAAACAUUUUGCAAAUUUCUGUCGUUGCUGC